UCCGUGGACAAUUGAGAUUUGAGAGAAAUAAGAUAGAACAGCAAAACAACAAAGCAAGUGUCAAUUUGUUUGGUAACGGCAACGCAUAGUAAUUGUAAAUGGGAUUAGGAGUCAAGUUCUGGAACCACAUCUCUCUUUUUAUACCUAAACAACUGCUUCUUUCAUCCCAUUCUCUUCCCAAAUCAUCAAUUUCUGUUCACAGUUUACCAACCCACGCAAAACCACUCGUUAGAGCGCUUGCCACAGCAUCACCAGCCAAAAUGGUCAAAUCUAUUAGGGUUCAUGAGCUUGAUGGACCUGAGGUCCUCAAGUGGGAGGAUGUGGAGAUAGGAGAGCCAGGUGAGGGCUAGAUACGUGUGAAAAACAAAGCCACUGGGCUUAACUUCUUUGAUGUGUACUUCAGAAAAGGAGUUUAUGAUAAGGCUCCUUCAAUGCCCUUCACUCCAGGUAUGGAGGCUGUUGGAGAAGGGGUGGCUGUGGGUCCUGGACUUACUGGUAGGAAAGCUGGAGAUAUUGUAGUCUAUGCUGGCAUUUCUAUGGACUCAUUCACUGAAGAGCAGAUCCUUCUUGCAAACAAGGUUGUGCCUGUUCCUUCCUCCAUCAGUCCUGUUAUUGCAGCAUCUGUUAUGACUAAGGGCAUGACUGCUCAGUUCCUAGUCCGCCGUUGCUUUAAGGUUGAACCUGGGCACACCAUCCUUGUUCAUGCUGCAGCUGGUGGAGUUGGGUCUCUCUUAUGCCAGUGGGCAAAUACCCUGGGUGCCACUGUCUCAACCAAGGAGAAGGCAGCACAAGCCAAGGAUGAUGGAUGUCACCAUGUCAUAAACUAUAAAGAAGAAGAUUUUUUUCUCCGCAUCAAUGGGUUCACAUCAGAGGGGUUCGAUGUUGUCUAUGAUUGUGUGGGCAAAGACACCUUUCAGGGAUCACUGGCAUGCCUGAAGACUCGUGGGUACACAGUGAGUUUUGGGCGGUCAUCAGGUACACCGGAUCCACUUCCAUUGUCAGGUCUUGCGCCGAAAGCACUGUUCUUGACUAGGCCUUCCCUCAUGUUCUAUACUGAAACUCGAGAGGAGCUGCUUGAAACUGCUGCAGAGGUAUUUGCCAACAUUGUAUCAGGUGUCUUGCGAGUUCGAGUAAACCAUACAUACCCUCUGUCUGAGGCAGCACAAGCACAUGCAGAACUUAGAGUCAAAAAACAUCUGGGUCAUUGUAUUGAUACGGUGAAGCAAAUGUAUAGUUACCAGCUAUACUGAACUCUCUGUUGUUUGUUAAACAUGUAGGUAUAUAAAUAGCAUGUUGUGUUGUAUCUGUAGAGAUGAGCUAGUUAGUUAACUUACUGUGCCAGCUGACGUGUGUGUUACUUGUAUAAAUACUUUUCUCAGUUUAGUUGAUCAAUAGAGAACUCUAUUCAGUUCAUUUUCCUAA